CUCCCCACCCCCCACCCCCACUUCAGGGCGCAUGAGAGAUGUCUGCCACCAGCGUUGACCCCCAGAGACCAAAAGCACAGGAUAAUAAAGUACAAAAUGGUUCUCUUCAUCAAAAGGAUACAGUUCAUGACAACGAUUUUGAGCCUUACCUUUCUGGACAGUCAAAUCAGAACAACAGCUAUCCAUCAAUGACAGAUCCCUACUUAUCCAGUUAUUAUCCGCCGUCUAUUAGCUUUCCCUACUCUCUCAGUGAAGCACCAUGGUCCACUGGAGGAGACCCUCCUAUUCCAUACCUCACUACCUAUGGACAGCUCAGUAAUGGUGAUCACCAUUUCAUGCAUGAUGCUGUUUUUGGACAGCCUGGUGGCCUGGGGAACAACAUUUACCCACACAGGUUUAAUUUUUUCCCUGAAAACCCACCUUUCUCAGCAUGGGGAACGAGUGGGUCUCAAGGACAGCAGACUCAAAACUCAGCUUAUGGAAGCAGCUACAGCUAUCCACCCAGCUCUCUGGGUGGUACUAUUGUGGAUGGGCAGACCGGAUUUCAUAACGAUACUUUAAAUAAAGCUCCUGGGAUGAAUAGCAUUGAACAAGGAAUGGUUGGACUGAAGAUAGGUGGGGACGUCGCAACAUCUGCCGUGAAAACGGUGGGUUCCGUGGUGAACAGUGCUGGGAUGACGGGCGCUUUGUCUGGCAAUGGUGGAUCAAGUAUAAACUUGCCAGUUUCUAAGCCAACCUCUUGGGCUGCUAUUGCUAGCAAACCUGCAAAACCUCAGCCCAAGAUGAAAGCAAAAAGUGGGCCUGUAAUAGGCGGGGCUUUGCCUCCGCCACCUAUUAAACAUAACAUGGACAUCGGUACGUGGGACAAUAAAGGUCCUGUGGCCAAAGUUCCUACUCCCCAGCAGAUCCCUUCUCCUCAAUCAGUCCCACAACCACAGAUUAUUCAGCCUAUUCCUGCCCAGCCACCUCCGCUGAGCCAGCUGCCAUAUCAGAACCCUCAGCCGCUGCCACCUCAAAACCGGUGGGUGGCGCCUCGUAACCGAAACGCAGCUUUUGGCCAAACUGCAGGAACUGGCAAUGAGAGCAAUUCACCUGGCAGUACUCCAGCUAACUCCAUCCCAGGCGGUGAAUCCCAUCCUGUUCUUGAAAAGCUGAAAGCUGCCCACAGUUACAACCCUAAGGAUUUUGAAUGGAACCUUAAAAAUGGACGUGUGUUCAUAAUUAAGAGCUAUUCUGAGGACGAUAUUCAUCGUUCCAUCAAAUAUUCCAUUUGGUGUAGCACAGAACAUGGCAACAAGCGUUUGGACAGUGCUUUCCGCUCUAUGAAUAGUAAGGGCCCAGUCUACUUACUCUUCAGCGUCAACGGCAGUGGACAUUUCUGUGGAGUGGCAGAAAUGAAGUCUUCAGUGGACUAUGGCACCAGUGCUGGCGUCUGGUCUCAGGACAAAUGGAAGGGGAAGUUCGACGUCAAGUGGAUCUUCGUGAAAGAUGUGCCCAACAAUCAGCUCCGACAUAUCAGGCUGGAGAACAAUGACAACAAACCGGUUACAAACUCCCGUGACACUCAGGAGGUGCCCUUAGAAAAAGCAAAACAAGUGCUUAAAAUUAUUGCUACGUACAAGCACACCACCUCCAUCUUCGAUGACUUUUCUCAUUACGAAAAACGUCAGGAGGAGGAAGAGGUGGUGCGGAAGGAACGUCAGAAUCGAAAUAAACAAUAAGAAUAAACAUAUAUAUGGUUUGCUAUAAAUAUAUAUAUACUAGAACUGAUAUUAAAUUUGAUUAUGAAAAAUUGAAUCUUUUUAAAAAGUACUCUGGUGCUAUAUUCUGGCAUCAGGAGACUGUAAAGCUUUCAGCUCCAGUAUCUUUUUGUGCAGGGGAAAUUAAAUUCUUGCAUCUUUUAAGUACACUGUAGUGUGUUUUUAUUAUUUUGGUUUUGCCAAGGUGAAUAUGCGUUAAUUUGUACCUUUUCUAUGUAAAAUGGUGUAGAAUCCAUAAAUAAAGGUGUGUUCUGUUUUUUUGUUUUUUAAUUUUUUAAAAAAGUUGGUUAAACAAGUUAAAGCACUAUCCUAUGCCUGUUUGGACAGAAAAAAGUCCUGCAGCUUGCUGUCUGGGGAAUGCUUGAAGUUGUAGGACGUUUUUCUGUCUAAACAGGCACGGGAUUGCACCCUUAAUCUUUAACUGAAUAUUCUGAAAAUAUUAGUAUUUCCCAAAGACUUCUUAAGACUUCAGCACAAAUUAUGUUUCUAACCUGAAAAAGUCACCAUAAUUUUAUAUUUACGUAGUACAGAUCCUCUUGUCUCGACAUCCUCACAAUUGUCUUGAUUCUUCAUGGCAAGCAUAAAAAGAAACAUGUAUUGAUUUUUGUUGUUGUUGUCAUUUUAAGCUUGUUUGGAGAAAUUACCUACAUCAAAAGCGUUGACAUCAAUACAGCCAAGUUCAGACCACUUUGUAGAAUUCAUUUUUUUAUCUGUUUUAAUUAUUUUUGAAAAGCAAAGUACAUGGUUCUGUCUCGUAGAAAAUUAAAAGGGCAAAAUUCACAAGGCUAAUUUCACAUGCAAGCGGCAUAGAUGGGAACUGCAUAAACGCAAUUGUGGUUUUGCAGUCAUUUUUGGUGGAGCUUGCAUGAGAAAUGUUCCUCAUGGAUUGUAACGUACACAGUCUAAAAAUAACUUUCAUAUUUGGUGAACCAUUGCUUUUUAGUGGGGAUCUGCAAUAUAUCAUACCUUGCAACAAAAAGGUGAGGCGUUUUCUCUCUACCGUCAUCUUUGUUCUGUUUGUAGCUUUUAAUGGUUUAAAUAAUGUUUUCAGCAUUGCAGGGGCUUGGGGCAAUGUGGCUUUUAACAGAUUUUUUUCCCCAGCUGUCUAAUAUGCCAUUAAACACAUUGUUUUUAAUAUGUCCCCUUUUUUCUUUCUUCAUCCCCCCCCCCUCAAAAAUGCCACUUAAAAAUUUAUACUGAUAAUGGUGAGCUUUAAUAUAGAAUCUUAGUACAGACUCAUAUGAUGGAUUAUGCUUCAGAUGUUUAAAAUUGACUCUGUGUGUCUAUUAUUUUUUUCUGUUGGAUGAGUAAAGACAACUGUUUUACGAAACGGAAUUUGCUGUCAUGUUUUUGUGGAAUGAGGGAGCUGUCGAAGAACUGGCCACCAACCGGAGUUUCCAAAUUUAGCAUGAAUUCUUGGUGCUCAUGCCUGUUGCUCUAGCACACCGAAUCUGCACGUGUUUAUUGUAGAGGAUCUUUUACUUAUAUUAGAAAGCAAAUAUCUUCUGAAAACUAUUUACUCAAGAGGACCUCCAAUUUAAAUGAAAGUUUAAGCUGUAUCAUUUAGACUUGUAUUUAGAACAUAUAGCUUUGUCUCUGGACUGUUGCUUCUGAUGUAAGGAGUAACGGGACAGCAUCAAAUUAACUUUUUCCUCUAGGAGAAUACAAGCCUUAAUAAAUAAUACCUACUUAGCAA